AUUCUAGCAGAAAUUCAGUGCUAUCUGAGUACAUAUUGUGACACGCUUUGUAUAUUUACAACAUGCAUUUCAGAGGACACCUACUCGGAAACGGUCCUUCACCACGUUGACUGAGAGACUGGUGUUGACCGUCCUCUGCCACAGUGUAUCGCUGUACAACAUGUGGAAAUAGAGACUGACUGACUGAAAACAGUGACUUUGUUGGUUUUUGUGUUUAAAGAUGGCCAUGAAUCGUUAUAUAUUCUUGUUAACACGGGUCCAGCCCCGGGUUAGGCAGAUCUCCUUCCGUAAUGCUGCUGCUUCAGUAGCUGAUCUGAAUCAGCCCAGUCGAAUUAUACCGUUGUACGGAGAUGGCAGGACACUGACCAUAAUUUCACGCCGAAAUUUCUCGAGCAGCUCAUCCCGACCUCCAGAUACGUCUCUCUUUGUGCCAGUGGACAUUAAAUCUGAAUUUUCCGGCGACGGGACUGUUGGAGUUGAGCUCACCCAGCCGCUGGAUAAAAGCGAACUUCUCAAGGCGCUGAACAAGUUCUACAAAAAGAAGGAGAUGCAAAAGUUGGCAUCUGAACACGGUCUAGAUGCUCGCCUCUUCCACCAGGCCUUCAUCAGCUUCAGGAAGUAUGUCUUGGAAACUGAGACACUGGGUGCCGACCUACACAUCAUCCUCAGUGACAUAUGCUGUGGAGCAGGGCACAUAGAUGACAUCUACCCAUACUUCAUGAGGCACGCCAAACAGAUUUUCCCCAUGUUGGACUGCAUGGAUGACCUUCGCAAGAUCAGCGAUUUGCGUGUUCCAGCAAACUGGUACCCUGAGGCCAGAGCCAUCCAGAGGAAAGUCAUCUUCCAUGCUGGUCCCACCAACAGCGGGAAGACCUACCACGCCAUUCAGAGGUACCUGGAAGCGAAAUCUGCCGUCUACUGUGGCCCACUGAAGCUGCUGGCCCACGAGAUCUUCGAGAAGAGCAACAACGCUGGAGUGCCGUGUGACCUGGUGACGGGAGAGGAGCGCACCUUCGUAGAUACAGAUGGAAAGCCAUCCAACCAUGUUGCCUGCACCAUUGAGAUGAGCAGUGUCACAAGUCCAUAUGAAGUGGCAGUGAUUGAUGAGAUCCAAAUGAUCAGGGAUCCCUCCAGAGGAUGGGCCUGGACCAGGGCAUUGCUGGGCCUGUGUGCCAACGAGAUCCAUGUGUGUGGAGAAGCGGCGGCUGUGUGCUUCAUUAGGGAGCUUAUGUACACCACGGGAGAGGAGGUGGAGGUUCGCAGCUAUGAGAGGCUCACGCCGUUCUCGUUGAUGGACCACGCCGUGGAGUCCCUGGACAACUUACGGCCGGGUGAUUGCAUCGUAUGCUUCAGCAAGAACGACAUCUACUCCAUCAGCAGGCAGGUAGAGGCCCGCGGCCUGGAGUGCGCAGUCAUCUACGGGAGCCUGCCCCCAGGCACCAAGCUGUCACAGGCAAAGAAGUUCAACGACCCGGCUGAUCCUUGCAAAAUCCUUGUUGCGACAGACGCCAUUGGGAUGGGGCUUAACUUGAGCAUUCGACGCAUCAUCUUCAACUCCCUGCUGAAGCCCAGUGUCAACGAGAAGGGUGAAAAGGAUAUGGACACCAUCAGCACCUCCCAGGCCCUUCAGAUUGCUGGGCGGGCCGGCCGCUUCAGCUCUGCCUUCCAGGAGGGCGAGGUCACCACCAUGCACCGGGAUGACCUACCCAUGCUCAAGGAGAUAAUGAGUCGCCCUGUGGACCCCGUGGAGAUGGCUGGCCUGCACCCGACCGCUGAGCAGAUUGAGAUGUUCGCCUACCAUCUGCCAGAAGCCACACUCUCCAACCUGAUUGACAUAUUUGUGAGCUUGUCCCAGGUGGAUGGCCUCUACUUUGUCUGUAACAUCGAGGACUUCAAGUUCCUGGCGGAUAUGAUCCAGCACAUUCCGCUGAAUUUGCGCUCGCGAUACGUCUUCUGCACAGCGCCCAUCAACAAGAAGCAGCCAUUCGUCUGUACCACCUUCCUUAAGUUUGCUAGGCAGUUCAGCCGGGAUGAGCCCCUGACCUUUGACUGGGUGUGCAGGCAUGUGGGCUGGCCUCUGGUCCCACCCAAGAACAUCAAAGACCUGGUGCACCUGGAGGCUGUCCACGAUGUGCUCGACCUCUACCUGUGGCUCAGCUACCGCUUCAUGGACAUGUUCCCCGAUGCCAACCGAGUGCGGGACAUCCAGAGGGAGCUGGAUGACAUCAUCCAGGCUGGUGUCCACAAUAUCACCCGACUCAUCCGGGCCGCGGAGGCCCAUGGCUCCGAAAAUCUGGCUGAAGCCCAAAUGCAGGCCUCUACCCAGGCCCGGCGCCGACCGCGGGGGUCCCAGGCCCUGGGCCCCCUGGUGGGGGAUGCUGGAGAUGUUGGCUCUCUGAGCUCGCGCCUGGUCCAGGAGGGCCAACUGACUCGGGAGCUCCUGCAGCAGCUCCAGAGGGAGUGGUCUCAGGGGGCCCAGCUAGGCAGGACCACGGGCAAGCAGGCGAAAGGUAGCAUGGCCAAAGGCAAAGCGGCGAAGAAGAAAACUAAAUAACACCCCCCCCCCAUAUUACUGCCACGGCCCCAGUUACAUCAUUGAAGCAGAGGCCUUUGUUGAAAGGCCAGGCGGCCGCUAUAGGUCUUUCUAUUCAUGGCAGCAACAUUGAGGGAGAUGAUUUGCAUUUUGGAAAUAUUUCGGGAAAUCGUAGUACAGGAGGAAUGUUGUCAUCCUGUUUGCGUAGAGCUGUGGAGGGGGCGCUGGACGGACCCUGUUAACCGGAUACACCCAUGUCAAAAGACGAGCAUAUGUCAAAGGCUACUGGCAUGACCUUCGCUCCCCGGGAGCAGGGAGCCGUGCAGAACAGAAGAAGGUGGAGUGGAGGAGCGGAAUCAAGCCUAGACCCCCUCCUUCCAUCUCAUUAUGGAUGGUAAAACGUGGGGGGGGUCCUGCCAUUCCUCACUACUUGCUUCCUGGUCAUCAUCUCCAUCUUAGUUGGUCUAGUGACAGAAUGCAGCCAUGCUGUGUCCCUCUUUUUGGCUGCUUGACUGGCUGUCCUGUUAGUCUUUUAUUCUCUGAGAAUUAAGUUGGCAGAUUAACAAAAAGACUCACGUUUACUAUGUCAGAUAAUGGAUAAACUGAAGUGUAAUUAAACAUUGUACAUAAUAAAAUAUUCAAUAUUUUGACCAA